UGAACUUUGACCCUUUGUAUCUCGUAUUGAUUAGAUGAUUCGACCGGUUGCCACACUCCGAAUAAAAUCUAAGCGGAGGGAAAUCAGUGUGUGGAAUUAGGGCCGUUCGGAAGUGUGAUAACUAUACGGAACGAACUAGAUCCAUUGUUCGUAGGCAAUCGUGCCGGUAUAUAAGGUAGUAACAAUUUGGGAAAAUCCAGUCCGGCAAAAUGGAAUCAAAGUUCAUAAUCCUCGUGGUGAUCGCUGUCUUGUUGCGAAACUCGUUCGCAGGCGUCGUAGGCACUACAGACCGAUCGGUGGGCACCGAUGACAAAUCUUCGGCGAACCAGAAUUCAAGAACUCGAACCAACCUCCGGGAAUGCCGCGAAGCAUUCCGGGCGACUGGUGAGGCGGUUUUCGACUAUAUCGCCGGACUCCUUCCAAACUCGAGCUAUACUCCGACACGAGAUCCGGAAAUCAAAAAAUCCAUAAAGCAGAACAUCUUGAAAGGUAUCGCUGCAUAUUCCAAUGAAUUAUUAGCCAUUUCACCCGAGUCGAGCAAGGACGUGUCAUCCUCCCAGCCGGACCUGAUUGAACUGGUCAAUUUAUGGCUAAGUGCCUUGGACGCCGGAACUUCUAACGCCCUGAAAGCAAACGAUCCGGAUUUUCCGGCCCAUAUCGCGGACAUGAAAGACGAUAUGUCUGCCGAGAUCAACACUUGGUUCAGCAGUGCGAACAGCAUGAUUGCGAUUGCUGCGAGAGCCCGCGCCGGUGGAUCCAUUACCUCCGUUAUUCGUCAAAUCGAACGAGUGCGGAACCACUCGCUGAAGGCCGCGAAUAAUACCGUAACUUUCAGCAAUGAAAUCGCUGCAGCCAUAGAAAUACUCCAUGAGCAAGUAUCCGACUCACCUGAUGACCAGGACAAGUUUUAUCUUGAUCGUUACAACGCCAUCAGAAGGAAAGAGGUGACCGCAACUGACGCUUAUGUUGCAACGGCUACUAAUCUCUUCGAUCUUCUGAAAGUACUCGAGGACAUUCCCCUGGUUCAAAGACUGCAGAUCGUGGACACUCUGAUCAGCCCCUAGAGAUUCACUCGCCGACGUUGGGACUACGGAAAUGAGGACGAUUAAAUUGUCAAAAAUUUUCUUAUAAUUUGGUUCUUUUUAUUCGACAUGUUUUCACGUUCUGACUUAAUAAAUAACAUGGAUACACGUGUAUCUGCAUCCAUCUUUGCUUGA